UGUAACUCAAACAGAUGUUCUAGAUACUCAAUAUAAUUCAGUUCAGCAAAAGGCUGUCCAUUAGAGCAAAUUCCAGAAACAAUCCACAGAGCUUGGACUUGAAGAAGGUUAAUGGGAAGAAGGUGAAUGGGAGCCCCAGAGUGGAGGGAGGAGCUCCGUCUGAUAAUUACAAAGUGGAUCACAGUCCCCUAAUUGCUUGAUGGGAAGAUUCGUGGAGGACAGGCUGGUUUACAGGCAGAGUUUCAUUAUCAGUUACUAUGAAAUUGGACCUGACAAAACUGCUACCAUGGAGACAUUGAUAAAUCUCCUCCAGGAGACAGCUCUGAACCACGUGUCGAGCUCAGGGAUAGCAUGAGAUGAGUUG